AUGGCCAAAGGCGCACGCGCAAGCAGCAAAAAGGCGAACCGCACCAAGCUGCGCGCCCGAGUUUUCGGCCCCGUCGAGCAGGCACGCGCCGAGCGCCUGCACGCCAAACUUCUCGAGACGAUUGCCCAGCCCAAGCCCGAGAGGACUGAGAUGGAGACCGAAGAAACCAACACCGCCGACGAUGCCGCCAAGGAGGACAUGCCCAAAGAUAUGGACGUCGACGCCACCUCCACCUCUGCGAAGAGCUCGAGCUCGAGCUCGCGCAAGACCAAGGACAAGAGCCAGACCCGGAAACAACUGCGACGCAAGCCCCAGAACAAGGUCUCCUUCCCUACCUCGCGAGGCAAGGGUGCACUGAAGCCCAAUGGUGGACGUCCCAGCGGCCCCGGCCGUAUCGGCAAACGACGAGCAUGA